AUGUCCAUCGACGAGUUGACCGACACGGAGUUCAUCACGCAGCCACUUAAGCAACCAGUCAGCAGAAAUAACGCGUCUGAAGAUGAGGGAGCACGACCCAGCCCAAGCGAGUCUCACCAGAAAACAGAAAAUGUGGAACCAACGGACGACGAAUACUUCGAGCAAAUGAGACGCGAGGUCGCUAAAAAUGACGAGAUACCACCCCUAAUGGAAAUGAACCUCCCACCUCAUGAACAGAGAAGACCAAUCGAAGCUGAUGAAGAAGAGAUCGAAGAAUGGGGGCUGCGAUGUCGUCUGCUUGAAGAUGAAAUGAAUUGCUUUCAAGAGACAUACAAGAACUUCCCGUACCGCAAGAAGGAACACAGAUCGCCAGGGGUCCAUCCGGGAAUGAUGUGCGCGUUUUGUCGAGUCAAAGCUGAAUGUUUCUCAGACUCCUGCCCGAACAUCACGGAUGGAGACGAAAGGUACGACAUCAUUUUGAACGAAGGAUUAUGCAGAAUGUGUCUGGAAAUGUACCACUGGGAAGCUGAGUGCCCGCGUGCGCAAAAACCUUGCUAUUAUUGUGAACGCGUUCGAGGAACACCGUUUGACUACAUGAGACACGGGAUCGAUCACCAUACGGCGCUCUGUAACAUUCCCAAUCGGAAAGAAGAAGCAAGCGUAGCACUAAAAAGAGCAAAAGAAGAUUCCGAGGAGGCAUUUGCUGAAUCGGAGCGCAAACACAGAAGACGUCGAGAGCGUCAUGGGCGCGAAGAACAACUGCGAGUUCAUGAGAUGCGACGACAACACGCAUACGAUGGGCAACCACUCGAGGAAAGCCCCGAAAAUUGCGUGCGGGGAGUAACGACGAACGUCCUCCCUGAUUUCUGGAUGUUCACUUAG